AUGUCCACGUCCGACUCGUACGUGAUAUCCGACAUGGCCGCCUCAGAAAGCCACGACGAGGACCUCGACUCCCUGCCGUCGAUAUCCAGCGACCUGCUGAGCUCCGAGGCCAGCGAGAGCCCCAGCGACGCCCAGAAGGAGUGGGAGGAGAGCCUGGAGCAGAUCCAGCUGCUGCUGACCAUGGUCGUCGUGCCCUUCGCGGGCAAGUACCUGGGGAGGAAGUUUGCUUAUUGGAGCUGGGCACGGUACAUGGAGUGGGCACACAACGUUGAGAUACGAUGGACGAACAAGAACGCGUGGGCGGCCACGGGUGCUGCCGAGGCGGCUGCCACGUUAUGA